AAUUUGGGCUGCCUUAGAAUAGCUUUGUGUAAACAGCCUGUUAACUAGUUUGUUGAGCAGCCGCUACAACACACAAAACACUAACGAAAGAACGAAAGAAAGUUUCUCUUCGUUUUGUUCUUGAAAUUUGAAUCUACCAUACUGUUGAAGCAGCUUCUCAGCUUUCUCUCUCCUCCAUUGAAGCAGCUUUUGAGGGGUUAUGUUCUCCAAUUGUGACGAAACGUUUGCCGUACCCUCACUAUUAUUGAUUAGGGUUUCAAAGAUUUAGGUUGAAUGGAGUUUUGGGGCUUAGGUUGUAAAAUUUGAGUUGAAUUAAGAAUCCUAUACAUAAGCUCUAACAAAUGACAUUUGCAUAUAAUUCCAGUGUUCGGCUUAUCAAAUCUGGGCAGUCGAUUCUUAUUGCGCCCAAGCAUCGAAUUAAUGUUGCGAUUUUUUUAGCUAUAAAGCUACCUUGAUACCGAUUUCUCAUUAUUUACUAUAUAUUUUUUUUCUUGUUUCUCUUGACCUGUUUCCAUUGUUAUAAUCGCUAGAUGUAAACUUAAAAACUUGCCUUUUGCUUGUCUGGGCGGAAGUCCCUAUCUAAUUAUCGGAUAAAAAUUCAUUGUUUGAACCUGUUGAGCAUUGCCUCAUCCUCUUCUUUGUCAUUCAGUUUUCUUUCUUGCCUGUUUCUGUUAGUUCUAUUGUUCAUUCAGUUUUCAAACUCCUUGGUGCCGUAAAUCAUGGCACAGAUUCAUUUGAGAUUCUUACCGUGCAACUCCUUUUGGCCUUUCGAUUGCUCCUCCUUUCUACCAUUUUCUUCUUUCUUUUUUGGGUUGCACCCGGCUUCUGUGCUUCCUCCACAGCAAUUUAGCAAGCCUUCCAGAUUAGAUAUACAAGAUGCCGAGGACAAGAGCCGCUGCAGCAGCAGCUACAGUCCCAGAUACAAAUGAGAAGGCCAGUGAACCAGAAAAGGAGAUUGAAAAUGAGGAGAAGGUAGAUUUGGAUGGGGAAAAUGAUCCUGAAGAAACAUUAGAGGAAGAGGUUGAGUACGAAGAAGUGGAAGAAGAAGUGGAGGAAGAGGUCGAAGAAGAGGAGGAGGUAGAAGAGGAGGUGGAAGAGAUAGAGGAGGAAGAGGAAGAAGUAGAAGAAGAAGAAGAAGAGGAGGAGGAGGCUGAUGGUACUGAAAAAGCGGGUGAUGCUGAUAUUGAUAUGGAGGAAGGGGAUGACAAAAAAAAGCAUGCUGAGCUCCUUGCACUUCCUCCUCAUGGUUCAGAAGUUUAUGUUGGUAAUAUACCUCAAGAUGCUACCGAAGAAGAUUUGAGGGGCUUUUGUGAAUCUAUAGGAGAAGUCGUGGAGGUCAGGAUAAUGAAAGGCAAAGAGCCAGGUGAAAACAAAGGAUAUGCUUUUGUGAUGUUCAGGACAAAGGAGAUGGCCUCUAAAGCUAUGGAGAAAUUGAAUGGCACUGAACUGAAGGGCAAGAAAGUAAGAUGUUCCUCAUCACAAGCUAAGCAUAAGCUCUUUAUUGGUAAUAUUCCUAAAACUUUGGGCGAAGAAGACUUAAGGAAUGCGGUUUCAGAGUUUGGGCCUGGGGUGAUUGCUAUUGAACUCCUGAAGGACCUACAAAAUUCCAGUCGUAACCGUGGAUUUGCAUUCAUUGAGUACUAUAAUCAUGCUUGUGCUGACUAUGCAAGACAAAAGAUGUCUAAAGCUGAUUUCAGGUUGGGUGAUAAGUCUCCUACAGUCAGUUGGGCUGACCCUAGUCCUAAGAGCGGAUCAAAUGCAGAAUCUUCUGGAGUGUCUGAGGUUAAGGCUGUCUAUGUCAAGAACCUGCCCAAAGAUGUCACACAAGAUAUGUUAAAGGAUUUGUUUGGGCGACAUGGGAAAAUUACCAAAGUUGUUUUGCCACCUGCAAAAGCUGGGCAAGAGAACAGCAGAUUUGGCUUUGUGCAUUUUGAAGAAAGGUCAAGUGCUUUGAAAUCUUUGAAGAACACUGGUAGAUAUGAACUUGAAGGUCAAGUUCUAGAUUGCUCUUUGGCAAAGCCACAGGCUGACAAAUCAUCAUCAGGGUCCAAUCAUCAGAGAUCAGCUUUACUUCCUAAUUACGGGCCUCGUGUUGGCUAUGGCAUGUUUGGUGGGGGAUAUGGUGCGGUUGGUGCAGGAUAUGGUGCUCCAGUGACUCCAGGCCUAACUCAACCACUACUUUAUGGCGGCGGGAGAGGUUCAGGUCCUGCUGGUAUGGCAAUGAUGCCGAUGCUUCUACCAGAUGGAAGGAUUGGAUAUGUACUGCAACAACCUGGAGUGCAUCCACAGACUCCCCCUCCACAGCAACAUCGAGGCGGUAGAAGUGGUGGUGGUGGUAGGGGUGGCCCUUCUAGUGGAGGAAAGAGGGGUGGUUAUAACGGCGGUGGUCGGGGACGGAGUCGUUACAACCCUUAUUGAGGCUAAGCCGCUGAGGCCUUCCACUCUCUAUCUGGAUGGUGUGACUGGAAUAUUCGUUUUUGACUGUUGUAACAAAUUUAAUUUAUGGUUAGGAUUGCAGGAAUUAUGUACUCUACAAAUUAAAUCAACCUGUAUUAUCUUGUGGAUUUGUCUAUUAAUUUAAUGUCAUGUCUAGUUGUAGCUGGCUUGGUUCACAAAUGGUAAUGUAUACUCACGAAGUCUUAGGUGAUGAUCUUUGGGGCUGGGCAAGGAUUUGAAGGUAGGUGGAUUCUUGCAUUGUACCCUUGCGCUCAAUGCUUGUGUAAUUAUUUCUCGUGGUUAUUACCAUUGAGAAGUCUUUCGACAAUGGAUGAAUUCUGUAGGAUUUCUAACAGUUCUACAAAACUAUAAAUACUUUCUUUCCA